UCUGAGCAAGUAGCACUAAGUAACUACACACUUUCAGCUAGCCUUUGGUACUUGCAAGAGAGUCUAGAAUGAUGGCAUUACGUGUGCUCUUUUUCUUGGGGGCUUUACUCUUCUGCUUUACAAUGGUUUCAUCUGAUAUCAAGAUUGAAGAAGAGCUACCCCUUCCUAGCCAGCUUAUUGUGAAAGAUGGAAACAGAAGGCUCAUGCAGGAAAUUGAUUGUGGAGGUUUGUGCAAGCAGAGGUGUAGUCUUCACUCGAGGCCGAACUUGUGCAACAGGGCAUGUGGCACGUGCUGUGUGAGGUGCAAGUGUGUGCCACCUGGUACUGCAGGGAACAGAGAGCUCUGUGGAACAUGCUACACUGAUAUGACCACCCAUGGAAACAAGACCAAAUGUCCAUAGACCCAAUGGACUUGGUUUACUUUUAGCUUUAAAUUUAGGUCCAUCUCGAACGGUUUGGCUAUGUAUGUGUCUAUCAAGCUUAUGUUAAGUGUGUGAUCAAUGUCUAAAAAUCUAAAUUGCUGUUUAUGUUUCUAUGGCCAUACUAGGCUCUUACUUCUUGUAUUAUUGUGUCAUAUUAAAUGCAAGGAAUUUCUAGAAAUCUAGUUGUAACUUG